CCAACCCCAACACCAAAUCCAAAUCCAAAUCAAUUUUUAAUUUUUGAAUUUUUUUGUCUCAAGAACCUUAAUAAAAAGCAACCGCCUGUCCUCAACAUUCCCCCCCACUCCUCUCUCUCUCUCUCUCUCCUCUUUUUCCUUUGGGUCCCUCUCUCUCAUCCUUCUGCCAUUAUUAUAUCUUCCUCAAGCAGCAACCAUUGCUCAAAACGCAUAAGCACUCAGUUAAUACGCUCUGUUUUCUCUCCUUCUCCUUCACAUAAAAAAUGGCUAGUAGCGUUGAAGAAGCAGGGUUCUGGUUGCCCUCCGAGUUCUUGACUGACGAUGAUUUCCUUAUGGGUAAAGAGAAUUUCAACAAGAGUAACAACACUAGGUCGGAGGCUGAAUUCUGCUUCCCCACUGAGUUCCCUUACGGAUUUGAAACUGAGGGCCGUGAACGUCUUGAGAAGCUCUGGGUGAUGUCCACUUCGCCUCAGUCGACGCUGGCCCACUUUGGGACUUGGGCUGCUCGGAGCGCCGGUGGGUCUAGCAACGGAAGUCCAAACGGCGUGCCGUCGCCUCCCGCGACGCCGCUGGCUUCCGAGUACGAAGCCAUUGGGGAUCUGAUUUACCGCGCCGCCGGUCAAGUUGCGAAGCUCAAGCUGAACGGCGGUUGUGGGUUAGGACAUUGGCCAAACAAGCAUAAAGGCCUUUUGGCCCCGCCGAGAAGCCUUUCCCAAUUUUACCCAGAAUCCGAAACCCCUAAUCCCUCCGUUUUCCCAAAUACACAUUUUCAGGCAAAGCAACAGAAUGAGGGGUGUGGUGUGUGGUAUAGUCAGCAACAAGUGUAUCAAAACAGGGGCGGAAGGCCAGUGGGAGGAAUGGAUCAAGCUGCAUGGACCCUUCAGCAAAGCCAAAACCGUGGGAGGCCAGUUUUAUUCGGCGGAUCUGGUAACGGCGUCGGUGGCGGUGGUGCGGCGGCGAAAAGGGCGUGUGCUGGGACGGGAGUGUUUCUGCCUCGGAGAUAUGGGAAUAAUAAUGACAGCAACGCUUAUUCGUCAGAUUCUCACAAGAAGCCAGGUUGUUCAGCAGCUGUGUUUCCAGGCAGAGUAGCUGCACAUGCCCACACCAAGAACUUCAAUAGUACGAAUGGUUUCGCUCAAUCUCAACAGCAGCAGCCUCCGCCCCGAUUCAGCAGGGGCUUCGUCCCGGAUUACAAUGCACUGAUGGCGCGGCGGCACACCCUAGUGUUGCAACAACGCCGAAAUAUGCAGAGUUCGCUUGAGGGAGGAUCGAUGUUGGUGAGCUGCGACUUCUACCUUCCUCAGGAGUGGACUUACUGAUCUCAGGCAUUUCAGGUCUCUCAAGUUUAUAGUAGGAUGAGAGGUACAGGGUAGAAGAAGAAGAAGAAGAAGAAGAAAAAGAUGGUACAAGGCAGUAGAUAUGGUGUUUGUCUCUCUUAUAACUAGAAUUUGAUGUGAAGUGUGUAGUGUAGGUAGGGAAGGAAAGAUAAUAAGAGUUUGCAUCUUCUGUGAGUUGGGUGUUUUGUGAAAGGAAGAAUGAAGAAAGAAAUAGUAUAGGAAUUGGGGAGGGUGGCUUUUGGCUCUCUAGUUAGUAUAUAUAUAUAUAUAUAUGAAUAAAAUAAGUGGAUUUUGUUGAAGUGUGGAAGAAGGUUUUGGUGUUUUGUCUUGGGUUUUAAGUUGGGAUUUUGGGCAUUUUGUUGUUUUGAAAAGUGGAGAAAUCCUCAAGUACAGUACAGCCCUCUUCCUGUAGUGUAGUGGGAUUCACUUGCUCAAAUGUAAUAAGGGGAAAGUUUUCUUAUCAAUGUACAUAUUCACCUACUUCUUGUC